CUCUCACAGUACAUUCGUUCUGGUCAUCAACAUUUCUUGGCGCUUGGUUUCAGAUGGCCGUCACUCGGUGUGCUGCACUCGCUGCAGCGUUCCUUCACUUGACUUCGGCCAGUGUCAUUCUCCGCAGGGACUUGACGCCGCCGCAGACUCCCAAGACUGCAUGGAGCUACCUCGGAUGCUUCGUUGAUAGCGCUGACAAACGCGUCCUUGGUGGUGCCGUCCACUAUGAUAUCGACGGCUUGACGGCUGAGACGUGUGUCGACUUCUGCGAUGAGUCUGGCUUCGCCUACGCCGGCAUGGAGUACACGGCCGAGUGCUGGUGUGGAAACAAGGCGCCCACCAACAAGGUGGACGACUCGGACUGCAGCAUGCCUUGUUCUGGCGACGCCGAUCAGCCCUGCGGCGCUGGGGACAGGUUGACUGUCUUCAAGGGGCCUGCUGUACCUGCUCCCGAGGUGCCUCCCUCCAUCAAGGGCUGGACCUAUCUCGGCUGCAUCGAGGAGGGAUCUACUGGCCGCGUUCUGACCAGCCAAGUCUGGUUAUCAGGAGGUGCCAGUUCCAUGACCAACCAGCGGUGCGUCGCCGCUUGUGACGACAAUGGCUUCACCCUGGCCGGCACUGAGUACGCUGGCGAGUGCUGGUGCGGCAACGAGUAUGAGAAUGGCGGUGGUGAUCUAGCUGACGGCUGCACCAUGGGGUGCAAUGGAAAUAAGACCCAGACCUGUGGUGGCCCCAACCGCCUCGAUGCCUGGAGUCUGGGUGGAGAAUCACCUGUGUCCUCUGAUAGCCCUUCCCCGGUGGACUCUUCCACCGCGGUGGACUCCUCCACCGCCAUCUCGAGCUCUGUGGCUUCGUCCUUUACGACGAUAGUCACGGGAUCUGUCACUUCAUCUUCAGAUGAGACGUCCACUACCAGUGCUGGUGAGACCGAGUCCACUACCACUGUUGGUGAUACUACCACUGCCAGCGAGACUCAGUCUACCACUACUGCUGGUGAUACUACCACUACUAGCGAGGCUGAGUCCACCACCACUGCAGAGUCUACUACUACUGCUGGGGAGACUACCACUGCUAGUGAGACUGAUUCUACCACCACUGCAAGUGAGACUAAGUCUACUACCACUGCUGAGUCUACCACUACUGCUAGUGAGGCUGAGACUACUACUACUACUGAGUCUACUACCACUGCCGAGUCUACUACUACUGCUGGCGAGACUACCACUGCCGAGUCUACGACUACUGCUGAGUCUACCACCACUGCUGAGUCUACGACUACUGCUGGCGAGACUACCACUGCUAGCGAGACUGAGUCUACCACUGCUGAGUCUACUACUACUGCUGGUGAUACUACCACUGCUGAGUCCACUACUACUGCUGGCGAGACUACCACUGCCGAGUCUACGACUACUGCUGAGUCUACCACCACUGCUGAGUCUACGACUACUGCUGGCGAGACUACCACUGCUAGCGAGACUGAGUCUACCACUGCUGAGUCUACUACUACUGCUGGUGAUACUACCACUGCUGAGUCCACUACUACUGCUGGCGAGACUACCACUGCUAGUGAGACUGAGUCUACUACCACUGCUGGCGAGACCACCACUGCUGAGUCUACUACCACUGCUGAGUCUACUACUGCCGAGUCUACUACUGCUGAGUCUACUACUGCUGAGUCUACUACUGCUGAGUCUACUACCUCUGCCGUGUCCUCAACCUCGUCAGAAGCUGCCAGCGUCUCCGGCCUGCCUAGCGGCUGGGCGUACAAGGGCUGCUAUGUUGACCCUCCCGGCCGUGCCAUGGACGGCGCUCCGGGAUUUCCCUCGUCCAGCAACACGCCCGAGAAGUGCAUCGCCACAUGCAUCGCCAACGGCUUCAACAUUGCCGGCAUGGAGUACUCGGAGGAGUGCUACUGCGGCAACGCGCUGAACAACGGCGCCAAAAAGGCUGAAGAGUCGGACUGCAACAUGGCCUGCUCCGGCGACAACACCCAAAUGUGCGGUGCCGGCAACCGUCUGUCCCUCUACUCCAAGGGCGACUUCACCAUCUUCCCGGUGCCCGUGGUCAAGGACACCGACCUGCCUGGAGAUUGGGAGUACAAGGGCUGCGUCUUUGACAACAACAACCCCUACGUCCUCGAGUGGCUCUGGGAGGACGCCCCCAACUACGCCAGCAGCAAGAUGACGGUCGAGCUCUGUCUCAAGCGCUGCCAGAAGUUCGGCUACUCGGCCGGCGGCGUCGAGUACGGUCGCCAGUGCGUCUGUGGUGAUCUUCUCGCCGUCGAGGCUCGCGGUGAUGUCUUCAAGUCGGACUCGUUCUGCAGCAUGCCCUGCCCUGGCGACCGCAACUACACGUGCGGUGCCGGCAACCACAUCAGCUACUACGAAUGGACGGGUGAUUCGCUCAACACGUUCCAUUACGCAUCUGGCAAUGCUGCGGGCGAGUAUGACUUCUUCUCAACGUCACCCAUCGUGCCCUUGAUCUCCUCUGUUGGCAUCAACAACAAGGUCGUCUUCGUUGAGAAGCACGGAACGUCUCUGGACAACACAGAAGGCUCCUUUGAGUUCGACUACUCCACCAACACAUACCGUGAGCUCGCUCUCAAGACUGAUGUUUUCUGCGCGGCCUCUUUCACCCUGCCCGACAAAGCCGGCCGUAUGAUCAAUAUCGGUGGCUGGUCGGCCGAGUCUGUCUACGGUAUCCGUUUCUUCACUCCCGACUCCCCGCAGGGUGUGGACAACGGCACCAACAACUGGGAGGAGGACUACACAAUCCUGCGCCUCUUUGAUCCCCGCUGGUAUCCUACGGCCAUCAUUCUGUCCAACGGCUCGUUGCUCGCUAUGGGUGGCGAGUCUGGCUCUGACGCGCCCAUGGUGCCAUCGUGUGAGGUUCUUCCUCAUCCUGCGGGUGUCACUGAGUCUACUUACCUCGACUACCUCGCCCAUGCCGAUACCAUCAACCGCCGCAACUCAUACCCCUUCAUGGCCAUCCUGCCGACUGGCGAUAUCUUCUUUGCCCAGUUCAACGAGACGCGCAUCAUCUCUCAGACCACCUUCCAGUCCAUCCGGAAGUUGCCUGACAUGCCCGGCGCCGUCGACAAUCCCUUGACUGGCCGCAACUAUCCCCUGCAAGGCACCAUGAUGAUUAUGCCCCAAACGGCCCCCUUCACAGAUCCUCUGACCGUUCUGGUAUGCGGUGGUACUACUGCUGAGCCUGGAAACAACGCUCUCGACAACUGUGUCAUCAUGCAGCCUGAGGUCCCUGGAGCCGAGUGGACCAUUGAGAGAAUGCCUUCAAAGCGUGUCAUGCCCACCAUGGUAGCUCUCCCUGACGGCCGCUACCUCAUGGUCAACGGUGCCAAGGUUGGCCGUGGUGGCUUCGGUCUGGCUGAUAACUCCAACCUCAACGCCGUCAUGUACGACCCUUCGCAGCCCCUCGGCCACCGCAUGACAGUCUUGGCCAACACCACCAUUGCCCGCAUGUACCACUCCGAGGGUGUUCUCCUCAGCGAUGGCAAGGUGCUGAUCUCGGGCUCUGACCCACAGGACCAGGGCAAGCACCCCCAGGAGCAUCGCCUUGAGUACUUCUGGCCCGACUACCUGCUGUCAGGUGCCGCACAGCCUGAGUUUUCCAUCACUGAUCGUGACUGGGCGUACGGCGGCACCUACAGCUUCACGUUGACCUCGACACUGGCUGAGGGCGCUUCCAAUAUGCGCGUCUCCCUCAUGGCUUCUAUUGGGUCUACCCACGGCGUCACCAUGGGCCAACGCACGCUGUUCCCAGCCUUCUCUUGCUCUGGCAAUACCUGCACCGUCACGGCGCCGCCCAAUGGCUUCGUAAGCCCCCCGUCGUGGUACCAGAUGUUCAUCCUCGACGGUCCCACGCCGUCGCACGCCACCUGGGUCCGCAUUGGUGGCGACCCGGCUUCGCUGGGCAACUGGCCCAACUUGCCGGGCUUCACUACUCCUGGAGUUUAG